AAGUUAUUUCUUUACAGCAACAACGUAAAAUGAAGUGAAAUAAUUAUCUAACAAAAAAAUCAACAAUCAACAUGGCUAUUAGUACCAACGGUCGAAUAAGUUUAUAUUGUUUUUGUGUUAAUCUAACUGUGUUACUAGUUCCAUGUCUAGGAUAUUUAUCACGAACAUUAAAACUAGUAGUAGAAGACUACUGGAUUAUUAUGUCACUCGUUUAUGCUUUAGGAAUUCAGCUACAUAUACUUACAGUUUACAAAAACAGAGGCUAUGCUUAUAAAAUUGCUUGGCGAUCUGGUUUACUUGGUUUCUUUUUCGGAUUAGGAAUUUUAAUCGCCUGUUUAGCUCAGCCUUCUUGGAAUACUUUUGGUUUUUACGUGUCACACUUAAGCUUUUUCCAUUUUUCGGAGUAUCUUACCACUGCAAUCAUCAAUCCUAAAUCACUUAGUUUAGAUUCAUUCCUUUUAAACCACAGUAAAGAAUACGUCAUGGCAGCUGUUUUCAGCUGGCUCGAAUUCUUUCUGGAAUGGUACUUUUUCCCAAAUUCAAAGGUAUUCUCUUUAAUUGUAGUCCUGGGUUUGAUUAUGUGCAUCGGUGGAGAAAUGAUUCGUAAAGGAGCCAUGUUUACUGCCAGAACAAACUUUAACCAUAUUAUUCAAAGUCAUAGAGAAGAAGGUCACGUGCUGGUAGUGCACGGUAUAUAUGGAUGGUGUCGACACCCUUCGUAUUGCGGGUGGUUUUUGUGGUCCAUAGGUACACAGGUGACAUUACAAAAUCCAUUUUGCUCAAUUGUGUACGCAGCUGCAUCGUGGAGGUUUUUCAAACAAAGAGUGGUCGAAGAAGAAAUAACUCUUUUGAAUUUCUUCGGCGAAGACUAUGUGAAUUAUCAGAGGAAAGUCCCCACCGGCUUGCCGUUUAUUAACGGUUAUAGACUAGAACUUUGAAAAUAACAACAUUAAUUUAUUUUGAUAUGUAAAUUCAAUUUUAUUGCUCCAUUUAGUUGUCCAUUCUGCUCUAUUGUAUAUGCAGUUGCUGCGUGGAGGUUCUUCAAACUGAGAGAAACAACUCUUCUGAAUAUCUUUGGUGGUGACUAUGUGAAUAAUCAGAGGAAAGCCCCCCACUGGCUUGCUUUUUAUUAAUGGUUAUAGAUUAAAGCUUUGAAAAUAACAUCAUUAUUAAUUAGUUUUGAUAUUAAAUUGCAGAGAUGCGCAAAAGAAAGUGCAUAAAUAGUCAUUUUGUGAUUGUUGCUUGAUAUGUGCCAUACCCGUUGCAGCUUUAAAUGACUUCAAAACGCUAGGUCUAUAAUUUUGAAGAUGAGCUACCAAAAAUUGCUCAUUUGUGGAUGUAUCUGGUAGGUUUUUUUUUUAAAACAAAAAAAUUUUUUGAGCAGAAUUAAUAAUUCCCUUGGUUUGUAUUUCACUUACUAAUUUUACUUAUUAUAUUAAAAGCAUAUGAGUGCUGCAGUUUUAGCAAGACAAAGGGAACCUGUUCAUGCCAAGGUACCAAAUGAUUUAUUAACUUGAACAUUUAAAAAAAAAAAUUGCAUUGUGAUUUGACCAGAGGUGGCAUUGAGUUAUAUUCCUCGAGUGGGUCCCUUUUAGUUAGUUUCUUGAAUGCUACUCCACAAAAGGUUUUU